AUGACUGUACUGCGUCCACUUACUCUCCAUGCUUACCUACAGUGCCUGUGGCUGUUACCCGCCGGUCAAAGAGGGAGCUGUCGUUUGAGGAAAGCCAACUAUGGACGAUUGGAAAAACUAACCAACGAAGGCGCUGACGGAAGACUGGAAGGUAAGACUCCGUACUUCGUCCACUUACUCUCCAUGCCUACCUGCAGUACCUGUGGCCGUUACCGGCCGGUCAAAGAGGGAGCUGUCGAUUGAGGAGAGGCAACCAUCGACGAGUGGAGAAACUAACCAACGAAGCCGCGGACGGAAGACUGGAAGGUAAGACUCUGUACUUUGUCCACUUACUCUCCAUGCUUACCGACAGUGCCUGUGGCUGUUACCGGCCGGUCAAAGAGGGAGCUGGCGAUUGA